UUCCUCAUUUCGUUUCUGGACUUUGGGGGACCUUCCAUUCUCCCUCCCUUCCCAAUUCCAUUUUCUUUUUAGUUCCCGCGGGGCGGGUGCGAGUUUUUUCACUUCCUCCCUCCAUUUUGCUUUUCCUCUCUCUCUCUCUCUCUCUCUCUCUCUCUCUCGUUCCCGCUUUCGCCAUUCCUUCCCAAAAUCCAAUGAAUGACUGUUUCUAUCCUCUGUCAGAGGAGAAUACCAUUUUUUUGGGAAGAUAAAGACAGGUCAUUUAUUUGUCUUUGACAUCUGGUUUAUGGGCGACACAAUCAUGGAGUGUAAGGGGGACAGCCUUUUUGGGUGUAUGCUCUUCAUAUGAGAAAAUCAGAGUCAGAUAUUUCUUUGAUUUUGGAACAGAGAUGGAGUGUAACAAGGAAGAGGCUAUCAGAGCCAAGGACAUUGCUGAAAAGAAGAUGCAAAACAAGGAUUUUGCAGGUGCUCAAAAGAUUGCCCUCAAGGCCCAACGGCUUUAUCCGGCUCUUGAGAAUAUAUCUCAGAUGCUAACCGUCUGUGAAGUGCAUAUCUCCGCCGAGCUCAAUGUGUGUGGGUCUGAGAUGGAUUGGUAUGGGAUUCUUCAAGUAGAACAGUCGGCAGAUGAAGUGUCCAUCAAGAAGCAGUACCGAAAGCUUGCUCUUGUACUUCAUCCUGAUAAGAAUAAGUUUGCUGGUGCGGAGUCUGCAUUUAAGCUGAUUGGUGAAGCACAUAGGAUGCUUACUGACCAAGCAAAACGGUAUCUAUAUGACAUAAAGAGAAGAGCCAACACCAGAACCAGUGUACCCAGGCAGGCUCCUCAACAGCAGAAUAGGAAUUCUUGUGCUAAGAAACCCCCUGUCAAUCAAAACAAUUUUAUGAAUCAUGCCUCUUCACAGUUUCCAGGCUCAAAUCAAGUGCAUCAGCAGCAACCACAAGCUCCUCCCACUUUCUGGACAGCCUGCCCGUUUUGUAGUAUAAAGUACCAAUAUUACAGAACUAUCAUGAAUCGAGCUCUACGGUGUCAGAAUUGUUUGAAGCCAUUUAUUGCAUAUGACACGGAAUCCCAAGGUUCAUCAGGAGCUAACACAGGAGGUGCAGCGAAUUGCUCUGCAGUUCCUCAGGCCGGUCAGACAGCAAGACAGCAAUGUGGCACAGGAUUUCAGGGAAAUGUCAGUGGAGGCUCCGCAGCAUCAAAACCCUUUGCAGAAACAGGAACUGGUGCCCAGGUUGGUGGACGGUCUCAAGGCAAUGUAGCAAAAGAUGGGAAUGCAAGAAGAAGGGGCAGGUCUGGUGCACAGAAGCCUGAGGAAGUGAAUAAGAGAGCGGAGAGGGUGAAACCUUCUGGAAAUGUGAACCGGAAGAGGGAAAGAAAGACGGUAAUGGAAUCCAGCAAGAGCUGUGAUAGUGAUAGAAAUGGCGUUGAAGUUGAAGACAUGGAAGAAGAUGCCGAUAUUACCAGUAGCCGUUAUCCACGGAGGUCUGGGAGGGAAAAGCAAAAUGUUAUUUAUGAAGAAAAUGGAAGUGACGAUGACGGUUUUGGGAAGCCUCCGAACUCAAAAAGGUCGAGGGGAAGAGGAGAGUCUGGCAGUACAAAUGAUCAGAGUGAUGAAGCAUUUUCAAAAGGAGGUGCUAAUAAGACCACAGAGACUGUAGCUUCUGAAAAUGAGGAAGAACAGGAAAACGUGCCUCUUGAAGAAAGCUUACCAAAUGGAAAAGAACAAAAGGCUUCGAGCCCCAAGGCCAAAUUAGAACCAGAGGUCAUUGACUACCCCGAACCAGAAUUCUAUGAUUUCGACAAAGAGAGAGAGCUAGGCCGUUUUGAAGUCAAUCAGAUAUGGGCAAGUUAUGAUGACUCAGAAGGCAUGCCAAGAUUCUAUGCUUGGAUUAGGAGGAUCUACACAACAAAGUUGAAGGUGCAAAUCACAUGGCUUGAAGCCAAUCCCAGAGACCAAGUUAGUUGUGAUUGGGUUGAAGAGGAAUUGCCCUAUGCCUGUGGCUAUUUCAAAACUGGGGGAACCGAAGACGCAGAACUUGCUAUGUUCUCCCAUUUGGCUUCUUGUGAGAAACUUGCAGGUAGGGGUAAUUACAAGAUAUAUCCCAGAAAGGGUGAUAUUUGGGCUCUCUUCAAGGGCUGGGAUAUUGGAUGGAGUUCUGAUCCUAAUUCGCACAGACAAUAUGAAUAUGAAAUUGUAGAAGUCCUUUGUGAUUAUUCUGAGCAGGCUGGCGUUGAAGUUGCAUACUUGGUUAAGUUGAAAGGAUUCAUAAGCCUUUUCCAGAAAGCAUCAAAUAAGGAGAUCAACUCCUUUCAAAUACCUCCACAUGAAAUACUCAGGUUUUCUCACAGGAUUCCCCAUCAUGGAAUGAUGGGAGAUGAAAGAGAAGAUGUCCCUAAAGGGUCAUUUGAACUCGAUCCAGCUUCAGUGCCUAGGGACAUUGAAGAGGUUGCACUUCCCAAACCUUCCAAGGUCUCCAACUAUAUGGCAGCGGACAGCGAUGGCUUGGAUACCAGAGCCAACUGUACACCAGUAGCCAGGCAUGUGAAGUGCAAGACACCUGAGAGCACGAAGGUGAAUGAGAAGAAUGCCCAGGAAAAGGAGAAUCCGGACAUUAUACGUCGUUCUCCUAGGGAAAGGAAUGGGCUUCGUGAAAAGAAGGCCAACCAAGCAACUACAAGUCACCAUGCAGCUGAGUCAGGGAAGCAUUCAGAUGUUGAGAUGGGGAAUCAGGAUGGCUUUCCUGAUGACAGAUGUCGUGAAGAAAAUUCUACUAAAUCCGUGGCUGAUGAGAAAGGGAAGCAUUUAGAUGCUGGGCAAACCACUUCUGUUGAUUCUGCUGAAAACCACAGUUGCAGUCCUCCAACGUCUCCAGUGGACUUUGAAUACCCCGAUGCAGAAUUCCAUGUAUUUGAAACAGAUAAAUCCGAAGAUAAGUUUGAAGUGGGUGAUGUCUGGGCUCUCUAUAGUAAAGAAGAUGAUGGCAUGCCUAAGUACUAUGCUAAGAUAAAGGAAGUAGAAUCAGAUGAUUUCCAAGUGCAUGCAACAUGGCUUGAAGCCUGUCCCUCGACGUUGGAGGAAACCCGGUGGUCCAAGAAGGACCUGCCCAUUACCUGUGGAAGAUACAGGCCUGGGGGAACCGAAGUCUUUGAUUCAACGCAAGCAUUCUCUCACCGGGUAGAAGCAGAGUACGUGUCUAAGUGGAGGAGAUAUGAUAUCUACCCAAGGAAAGGCGAGGUUUGGGCAGUAUACAAGCAUUGGAGUGCUCAAUGGACUCGUACAACUCUGAAGAACAAAUAUGACAUGGUCGAAGUUGUUGAAGAUGCUGGCUCUGUAUUUAAAGUUUUGGUUUUGGAAAUGGUGGAUGGUUUUAAAACUGUAUUCAAAGGAGCUGGCACCACGAUGGUCAUACAGCGGAAUGAACUGCUGAGGUUUUCCCAUCGGGUUCCUGCCAUCAUGCUUAAAGAUGAAGGCGGCGGCAAGCUGCGAGGCUAUUGGGAACUCGACCCUGCAGCAAUGCCUACUUCCCUAUUUUGUUCGACUUCAAGCUGACAUGGUGUGUGGUUAGUAUUGUCUAACUUGCCAACCACGUCUGUGAAACCCCUUUGUAGCCUGAAGUUUGUGGGAGCCGGUGACCCUGCACAUGGGAAAAUGGAAAAUAUGCGUAGAAUUUUGAAAUGGAUUACUUGCUUGUCUUUUGCAUCCCAAUCUCUGACAUCCUCAAAUCCAUGCAUAUUCCAUCAAAUCAUCUUUCUGUGAAUUCCAGUGAGCUAUUUCUGAAACGGGGGUUUGUCCACUGUCAUUACUUUCGAGUUUGGAGGUUUCAAGUAGACGAGGCAGUGGCAUGACGGUUGGCUGUUCAUUGGAUUCCGAUCCAUUUCGAAUGGGUUGCUCAUUGGUUGAGAGAUGGAAUAUUUGUAGAUCUUUAAUCAUUAGACAGGCAUAUCAAUUUUCCGAUAUGUAUUUUCUCUUGCUGUUUUUAUCCUUAUUUUAGGUGUCUGAUGUGUAUGUGCAGUUUGGAAUUUUUAGGCAACAAACAGUGGACAGGCUGGCAUUUGCCGACUUGACAAGGUGAACUUUGCUAAUCUUUCCUACUUGAAUCUUUACUGAAAUAGUUCCUCGUUGUGUGCA